UUGCCACAGCACGACCAACCAACCAUGAAACUUAAACCUCAUCAUUUUCAUAUUCAUCACAGCCUUGUCUCUUUUUCAUCAAAACCUCGCUACAAAAACCAUGACAUUCUCUACACAAUCUCAGAAGCGAUCAACACCAUCCACAACAACAACAGCAACAAUCUCCAUUCUCAAACACCUCCCGAUUACUCUCUCAACCCCUCCCUCAAACGCAUUCUCCCUUGCCUCACUUCUCACCACAUCACCAACCUCAUCAACCUCAACCCUCUCUCUCUUUCCCCUCACUCCCUCUUCUCCUUCUUCAACUGGCUCGCUUCUCGCCCUCCCUUUCGCCACACUCUCCAUAACUACUCCACCAUGGCACACUUUCUCUCUUCCCAUAACAUGCUCUCACAAACACAUUCCCUCUUCCUUUUCAUCAUCUCCCGAAUGGGUCACCAGUCUUCUUCUUCCCUCCUCUCUUCCCUUCUCCAAACAAACCCUACUCACCACCACCAUCAUCAUUGCUCUGUUCUUGUUUUUGAUGCUUUAAUCACUGCUUACACGGACUCUGGAUUCAUACCAGACGCAAUUCAGUGUCUACGAUUGCUGAAAAAGAACAACUUUGCAAUCCCGCUUCGUGGUUGUGAGUAUCUUCUCCUUCGUGUUAUGAAGCUGAAACAACCGGAGCCUUGUUGGGAGUUUUAUUUGGAGGUUUUGGAUUAUGGGUAUCCGCCAAAAGUUUAUCUUUUCAACAUUUUGAUGCAUGGCUUUUCAAAAGUUGGUGAUGCUACGAAUGCGCGGAAGGUGUUUGAUGAAAUUCCUAAGAGGCGUUUGCGUCCUACUGUUGUUAGUUUUAAUACUUUGAUAAGUGGGUACUGUAAAGCUGGGAAUGUAGAGGAGGGUUUUGCGUUGAAAGGUGUUAUGGAGAGUGAAAGGAUAUCUCCUGAUGUUUUCACUUACAGUGCUUUGAUUAAUGGGUUGUGUAAGGAAAGUAGGUUAGAUGAUGCGAACAAUUUGUUUGAUGAAAUGGGUGAGAGGGGGUUGGUUCCUAACGGUGUAACUUUCACUACUUUGAUUGAUGGACAGUGUAAAGAUGGGAAAAUUGAUUUGGCGUUGAGAAAUUUUGAGAAGAUGAAGGAUGAAGGUGUGAGACCUGAUUUGAUUACUUAUAACGCGUUGAUCAAUGGGCUUUGUCGGGUUGGAGAUAUCAAGGAGGCUAGGAAGCUUUUUAAUGAGAUGAUUGGGAAUGAUUUCAAGCCUGAUAAGAUCACGUUCACUACUCUAAUGGAUGGAUGCUGUAAAGACGGAGAUAUGGAAUCGGCAUUGGAGAUUAAGGAUAGAAUGGUUGAGGAAGGGAUUAAGCUUGAUGAUGUUGCUUUUACUGCACUAAUAUCGGGACUUUGUAGAGACGGAAGAGUUCGCGAUGCUGAAAAGUUGUUGAGGGAUAUGUUGAGUGCUGGUUAUAAACCCGAUGAUCCAACGUAUACAAUGGUUAUUGAUUGCUAUUGUAAGAAAGGUGAUGUAAAGAUUGGAGCCAAGUUACUGAAAGAGAUGCAGAGAGAUGGACGUGUACCAGGAGUUGUUACUUAUAAUGCGCUAAUGAAUGGAUUUUGCAAACAAGGUCAGAUGAAAAAUGCUAGAAUGUUGCUUGAUGCAAUGCUUAAUUUGGGAGUGGUUCCAAAUGAUAUUACGUUUAAUAUUUUACUAGAUGGUCAUUGCAAGCAUGGAGGUUCUGUUGAUUUUAACAUAUUUAGUGGUGAGAAAGGACUUGUUUCAGAUUAUGCUUCAUAUAUAGCACUAGUCAAUGAAUCAAGUAAAAUUUCAAAAGAUAGACUGAGGAGCUGAUAUUCAUUGAACUAAGUAGCACCAACAGAUCAGGUUAGAAGCAAGUAUGGGUGUCCAACAAAUUAGUGUACAAUACUGAUUACAUAACACUGAAAUGUUUAGUCUCAUACAAUCGAUUUUCUCUAACUAAUAUUCAGUGUCAAUGUGUUAGCGUCGCAUCCAAUAUAUGUUGAGCUGAUACCUAUUGAUCUGAGUAGCACAGCAUAUCUGCCACUAAAUGUAGCACCAACACAUUAUUUUAAAGACAUGUUGCAGUGUAUGUGCAUAUUAGUGUACAGUACUGAUGACAAACACUAUAAUUGCAUACAAUCACUCCAAUUAUCUUAAACUAUUACAAAAUAUUUACGUCGUAAUUGUCUGUAGUUUGUAGUGGCAAAAUUAUGUGUACUUUUGAGAUAGGUAGCUGUUGCUAAUACAAAAAUCCAAAACUGUUACUAAAAGGUUUAAUUAUUGCUAAGAGAAUAGGUGUAAAUGUCAUUGAAGUAAAUAUCGAUUCGACUGGAGUAGUUAAUGGGAUGAACAAUAUUAACAAGGUGAACCCCAUGGAAAGUGCCUUGUUAAGCAAAAUCAAAGAAUACAUUGAUAUGGAUUGGAUGGUGCGGGUAUGAAAUGUGUUUAGGGAAGAGAACUUUUGUGCGGAUCCUCUUGCCAAGAGGAGUUUGCAGCUUAAUGAAGAUUAUUGUUUCUUUGAUUUCUGUUCUAUUCGGAUAAAGCAUAUUGUACUUGAAAACUUGGUGAAAUUUUUUACACUAUUUA